AUGGACUCGUUGCAAGUCCUCAUCUGUGAAAAACCAGUGACGACGCUGAGCAGCGCAAAAGAUUUCCCAACUUGGCAGCUGCAACUACGUAUUGCCAUCAUUUCUGAGGAUCCUAAGAUCUGGGAUGUCCUCACUGGCAACCUCAAGGCGCCAAAAUGCUGCACCCUGAGUCCGGCCUCAGUACUUGAGGAAAUCAAAGAGCAGCUAAAAUCCAACAAAGCCAUGGCAGAUAUCUUCUACCGCCUGGCGAUGAAAGAUUGGAUGAUAUGGUACACCAAAGGAAGGGUCCGUCCAUACAAUCAUUGGCAAAGUAUGAACAAGAAGGCACUUUCACAUAUCAACCAAACCAUCGCCUCAUCUGUGAAAGAGUCCAUCGGCUUAACGGCCAAGAGUAGCGCCUUCGAGACUUACUCCGCGUUGGGGACCUCCGCAUGGGAGACACUAAAGAAGUGCAAAUACCUCCCCAAUUCAACACCGGGGCCUUUCUCUAAUGCCUUCGUUGCUGCAUGGAAGAAAGCUUUGGCUGAUUUUACGGAGGUGGCUCGAGACAGCAGCUCAUCUGAGGAGCUUCUCCCUCAGCUUUCAGCUUACUUCAUGUUCCUUGAUGCUGUGGCAAACAAUCCCGAAACUGAGAGCUGGUUGAGAGUCCACAGAUUCAAUCCUUACAACCUGGACGUGCUGGGAGCGGUGUAUGAGGAUUCUCUCAAGGGUGAGCGCAGGCGCGAUCUUCGAGGUUACUGGGAGAAGUCGGAGAUCAUGGAGGCGACGGGGGCAGGACGAAGGGUUGGCAGUGCGGAGCUGCCUGCUCUUUGCUUGAUGCAAUCAGGAUGUUAUUGA